AUGAGUGAAGCAAUGGAGACACUUAACUGGAACUCCAUAAAGAUAGCCAGGAAAAAGCAGUAUAUCAUCCAAUUUAGGGAUCCACCAUUUAACCUCGCGGACGAGAUCUCCCGCUCCUUGGGGCUGCAGCCGCACGUGGCGAACUUCGUGAACAUCUUGGUGGACAUGAAGCGAGUGGAUCUGAUCAAGGAGAUCGCGGCGGAGUUCAAGCUGAUCGCGAAUCGGCUGUCGGAGACGGAGGUGGCGACGGUGGCGUCGGUGGUGGAGCUGGAGCCGCAGCAUCUGGCGGAGAUCGCGAAGCGCGUGCAGAAGCUGACCGGGGCGAAGAAUGUGAAGCUAAAGACGGUGAUCGACAAGUCGCUGCUCGCCGGAAUCACCAUCCGAUAUGGGAAUUUCAGCUCGAAAUUGAUCGAUUUGAGCGUGAAGAAACAGCUGGAUGAUGUUCCAGGGUUAUAG